AUGACGAAAGUACUGAAACGAGUAUCUACACGUGCAAUUCGACUAGCCGCUAAUGAUGCAUUUGAAAUGGAGAAGAUAUCCUAUGGCUACAUUAUUGUUUCCCUCACAAUUAUAAUUGUUCCUGUAAAUAUGUGUUUGAUUUUUCUUUUUGUGAGAGGAAACUUCCGAACUUCAGCACAUGGAAUACUGAUAGCAAUGGCUGUAUUGCAAUGUCUGAAUGCCAUGAGCCGAUGUAUACCAUCUAUAUACUUUUACACCUUAGGGCACGCGGAAGAGUACACACCAUACUCUUUAUGCGUCCCGCAUAUUGUUUUACAACGACUCAUCCCAGGCAUAGCUGUGUCGUGGUACCUGUAUUUAACCGUUCUACUCGGAAUACAACGAUGUGUCGUUGUGACAUUUCCAUACCGCGCAAACAGGAUUUUCUCAAGAAAUAAGACAGUUAUCUACAUUCUCGUUCUUGGAAUUUUAGCAGCCUCCAUCUUCGUUCCCGGUUUAAUUGAUAUGUCAUUCCAAUCUGUCACUGUAGAUUCUUUUAUCGAGCCCAAUACAACGAUACGUAGUUGUAGACGUGGGAAACCAGUCGUUAACAUCAAAAUAACCAGCACUCUCAUCACUGUCUUUGCCAAACUUUUACCAUUAACUCUUUUGGUGGCUCUGAACACUUGCUUGGUUUACAAACUCAGGAAGAUAAGGAACUGGAGGACGAAACAAGGAGGAGGACAGGGGGAACAAGUGAAGAAAGUCAACUCCUCCUCGGACAGAAUGUCUCUGGUCACGUCCUGUAUCAUAUUUGCCGUGCUUGUGGUUGAUGUUCCGGCCCUAAUAGUACAUCUAUAUUUCUCGUAUUCAGAAAAUUUAUCCUGUAAGGCAUGCUCUCUGAAUAUUUUGUUAGCCAUCAUUUCUCCCGUUGACAUGGUUGUGUUCUUUUCCAGCUUGAUUAUGUACUGUUGCUUAAGUAGUCGAUUUCGACGAUACGUGCUACUAAUGUUCUAUUUAAGAAAGAAGAAGUAUUUGAGUGGAAGACGUGGACUUGGCAGUAUGACAACGAGAUGUGAUACACAGACAAGACCAUGA